CUUGAAGAGUUGUCGCGGCCGCUCAAGUUUAGGAAAUAAGCACUACUUGAAACCGUGUCAUCACUUCUGGCGCGCGACUAUUCCAAGGGGUUGUGGAUGAUCACGUGAUAUGCAUGAAACCUCCCUUCGUUUCAUCCUGUUCUCAACCCAAUAUCCUUCAUAGACCAUGAAAUCGGACAUUUCCCACUCAAAAUCCACAGAUCUCAAUAUGAUCCUUCGUUUCCGCGUUCCGUCUGUUCUCAUUGCGCUUUGCCUCGCGGCAUCGAUCACCGCGUGCACUAUCCCAUCCCUCGCUGAAGCAUGGCCGCAUCUAUAUUCGGAAAGCCCCUCAGGCACAUGUUCCGGGCCCCCCGAAAUCUAUACCAUGCUCCCUACGCCCAAGAAAGGCUAUGGCCUGUUCGCCACAAGGCGCAUCGCGCGGGGAACCACGAUUAUCCUCGAAGCGCCCCUCGUGAUCAUCCAGCCACCACCCCUCACACCCGGCCAGGGGUACGAGAUCUCCAAAAUGCUUGAUUCGCUCCGCGCCGAGUUUGCAAAGCUAUCCCCGUUGAACCAGAAACGGUAUCUCGCACUUCACGCGCAUAUGUUUCCUAGUGAGGAGGGCAAGGAGACGCUGAUGCCGAUCUUGCGCUCUAAUGCAUUCAAUACUGGCACGGGGCUGGGUUUGUUUCCGAUUGUGGCGAGGAUCAAUCACUCGUGUCGACCCAAUGCGGCGUACUUCUGGAGCGAGGGGUUAGGGCGGAGAGUCGUGUAUGCGGGGCGCAACAUUGAGGAAGGGGAGGAAAUUUCAAUCUCUUAUAUCCCGCUGCUAAAGACGACAAAAGAGCGGGAGAAGCGGCUAAUACAGUACGGAUUCAGGUGCGAGUGCAAGGCAUGUGAGGCGAGCAGAGGUGGGGAUUCGGAAAGCGAUGAUGUAAGGGCGGAAAUGCAGAUCAUGAUGGAUCAGCUAGAGGCGGAGGCACUGGUCCCUCCGGGCGAGGGGCUGAUGGCAGAAAGGAAAAAGCAGGGGCUUCUCGAGGAUAGUUUGAGACUUGUGGAAAUGGUAGAGGAGGAGGAGCUUGUGGAUUACUAUGCCCAGGUCUAUAAGCUUGCCGCUAUAAUGCACGGUCGAUCUGGGCGGUGGAAAGAGGGGGCUGAGUGGGCUUUGAGAAGCCUGGAGAUUAGAGAGAUGGCCGAUGAGUACUCCGACGAAGCAAUGGAGAUGAGGCGAAUGGCCCCCAGGUUCAUCCUGGAGUCUAAAAAGUACAUGGGAGAAGGCUUGUGUUGAUCUUACGUAUCUAGACGUAUGUUGAAUGUACGUCGGAGCUUCUAACCCAAACCGCAAGAACCCCACGCCAAUUUACACCCCCGAUAUGAACUCAUGAGAUGGUAUCAUUAAAGGAUUACGAGAGACUAUGCUAAGAAAUCUGCUACAAUAAAA